CUAAGCAUUCACCGCGGUGCGUCAUUGCUCCGAAAUGUCAAAAUAAGCACGUAACAACAUUGCCGGCUCGAAGAAAACAGUGCAAAGUAAUUACACAAAUUGUUUAAAUGUGUGUAAAUAUUUAGUGCCGUACAAAAAACUGCAUUUCUAGGGUGCAUCAACAUGUCGAACAUGCUGCUAAGAUUUUCCUGCCGAAGUUUACGCGAGAUGAGUGGGAGUGCCGGAUUGUUCGGAAGCGCCGGAACAAAACUCGCCACCACCAAUCAGGUCCGGUUGCCCAAACAUGCGUCCAUGGUGAGCCGGUUUCAGCACACAACGCGCCAGUCCGAUCCCAUGAAGGGCAAAGGUCCGAUCACGUGGAAAAGUUUCGCAUUUAUUGCCACCGCCGGUAUCGGGGUGCUCGGGUUCAUGUGGUACGUGAAGGACGAGAAGGAGCAGGCACUGAUGCGGGAACGGAAGCGCCAGCUGGGCAAGGCAGCCAUCGGCGGCAAGUGGGAUCUAAUCGACUCCGAGGGCAAUCCGCGCAAAUCGGCUGACUUUGCUGGCAAAUGGUUGCUGAUCUACUUUGGCUUCACGCACUGUCCCGACAUCUGCCCGGACGAGCUGGAGAAGAUGGCGGCCGUGGUUGACAAUCUGGAGAAGGAAAAGGAUGCGGAACCGGUGCAGCCGAUAUUCAUCACAGUCGAUCCGCAGCGUGACACCAAAGAGAUUGUGGGCAAGUACGUGAAGGAGUUUUCGCCGAAGCUGCUCGGUCUUACGGGAACGGUGGAACAGGUGGCGCAGGUAUGUCGAGCAUUCCGGGUAUACUUUAGUGCGGGGCCGAAGGACGAGGACGACGAUUAUAUCGUGGAUCACACGAUCAUCAUGUACUUGGUUGAUCCGAACGGCGAGUUUGUCGAUUACUAUGGCCAGAACCGUGAUAAGGAGUCGAUAAAGAAUUCCAUACUGAUCAACAUGGCAAAGUUCAAGCAGAUGCAUAAAUCAUCGUGGUGGUAGAUGAGCCGAAGCCAGCAAGGGAACGCGUGUGGAUGUGUACGAGAGAGAAAAAAAAGAAAGUAUAGUAGCGCUGUGGCGAUCAAUCGUAUUGGUUAAGUGGAUUAAAAACUCGGCAGCAUGUCGUAAUACUUAAAACUUGCA